CGGAAAGUCGAGUCGUGACACCCCAUAGGCUUAAGGAUCCUGCCAUGCCUGCCAGCCUCAGAUUGGACUUGUAAUGGAUUUCAUCUCCGUUUUGCAUGGACUGCAUGAAAGGUGUUCUUGUGGGAGGUUUGUGCCAAUGCCAACAGUAGAGGAGUCGGUGUGCUGCCGUGAACAGCCCAAAGUGUGCGCCAGGAGAGAAGAGGAGGGAACAGACAUCCACUGCGCAACAGAACAUGCUGGCUUUCAGACCGUUUGUCUGAACGAGCACGUUCUGCGCACCGCACAUUUCCACUACCAGCAAGACUAUGCGGACGUAGAGGGAAUGAAGUGGAAGAGAUACACUGCAUAUAGACAGUUUGUUAGAUGGUGCUAUGAGUACCUGGGAAGACGCGUCAGGGUCCCCUUACCUUCCUGUGUGGUGUCGUCCAUCCGGAGAACUUUUCCCUCUACAGAUUACAGGGGGUUCCAGGACACCAACAGCCCGUGAU